AUGCAUCUUAAAUGUGACACGUUUAAUUGGACUGAUACAAAUGGAAUUCGUACUCAAACAGUAACAACAUUAAAUGCGAUUACCACAACAGAAUUGUUACCAGAAGCAGAAGAUGAAAACGAUCAAAAUACAGAUGUUAAUGAAAAAAAGGUCACAUUAAUGAAACAUAUUAACAGCGUAGAAAAAGAAAAUGAUAAAUUACGUCAGCAGAUACAUGAACAUGAUUGUUCACAAACUGAAAAUGAUCAGCUGAAGAAAGACAAUGCGUUACUACGCCAACAAAAAAUUAUUGAUAUGCACCAAGUUUAUUACAGUUUGUCCUACGUUUCAGUUCUUUCGAUUUUACUACAAUUUGAAAAAGAAAAGAUCGUACUUACCUUUUUUGUGACCCACUGAGAAAAGAGUACCCACUAAAAAUAGCUCAGUAGAAUUUGACCCACUACUCUCUAAAAAAAAUCCGUAGCUUACAAAACGAAUAGCGGUUUUGGCAUUUGCUCCUAAUAGAAACCGAUAUCCGUAUCGUACGGUCCUGCAUAACCGUUUCGCAGAAUACGUUUCAACGUUUUU